GGGAGGCGGAGGAAAUCACUUAACAUCUUAACAUUUUGGAGCGGUUAUUCCGAAAAAUAUUCUCUUUGACAGUUGGGAAUGCUCAAGGCUACCAAGAUGACGCGCUCUCCGGUGUGGGCAGCCGAAGAGUUGGCAGUCUGGGGCCCUGGUACAGUUUGGGGACGGGAAAUCCUUAAAUAAAGGGCAGGCUUUUGGGUGCCCCUGGCCCUGGAUUGGGUGCUCCGGGCCGCCGGACGAGGUGCGAGCGGCGGGCUCAGCCUCUACGAGGAUUUCCCGCAUGAAGUUGCCGGCGCGUCACAAGAGCGAAAUGUCAGAGAGGGCUGGUGGGUUCCAACCGCCAACCUUCCAGUUAGCAGCCGAGCAUCUUAACUAUUGUGCCACCAAGGCUCCUUUCAGUAAAUGUUAAGGGACAUGAUUUAAAUAUUCAACAACGUAAGAAAUCUGAUUAAGAAUGACCCAGAAGAAAUCAAAGCUUUGUUCCAGAGCCAAUGUUUACACUCAAGUGCCUGAUGGAGGAUGGGGCUGGGCAGUAGCCGUUUCUUUUUUCUUUGUCGAAGUCUUUACCUAUGGCAUCAUCAAAUCGUUUGGUGUCUUCUUUAAUGACUUAAUCGACAGUUUUGAUGAAUCGAAUAGCAAGAUCUCAUGGAUAGUAUCGAUAUGUGUGUUCGUCUUAACGUUCACAGCUCCCCUCACCACAGUCCUGAGCAACCGUUUUGGACACCGGCUGGUGGUGAUAGUUGGAGGGCUGCUUGUCACCACAGGAAUGGUGACAGCCUCCUUUUCACAGGCUGUUUACCACAUGUACAUCACCGUCGGGAUCAUUUCUGGUUUGGGAUAUUGCUUUAGCUUUCUGCCAACUGUCACCAUUCUAUCACAGUACUUUGACAAGAAGCGCUCCGUGGUUACUGCAGUUGCUUCUACGGGAGAAUGUUUCGCCGUGUUUGCUUUUGCACCAGCAAUCACAGCUCUGAAGGAGAACGUUGGCUGGAGAAACAGCCUCCUCUUUGUGGGCCUGCUGCAGUUAAACAUUGUCGUCUGUGGAUCACUGCUAAGACCGAUUAUCAUCAGAGCACCAGGGUCACCAAAAACCACUACCCAGGAAAAUCGGAAAGAAGUGCAAUAUAUGCUUGAAAAUGAGAAAACACGGACCUCAAUCGACUCCAUUGACUCAGGAGUAGAACUACCUACCUCACCUAAAAAUGUGCCUAGUCACACGAACAUGGAGCUGGAGCCCAAGGCUGACAUACAACAGACCCUGGCGAAAACCAGCGCCAGGCAAAGCGAUAAGGAAGUCGCGCUCUUAGACUUCUCGAUUUUGAAAGAGAAGAGUUUUAUUUGUUAUGCAUUAUUUGGUCUCUUUGCUACACUGGGAUUCUUUGCACCUCCGUUGUACAUCAUUCCUUUGGGCAUCAGUCUGGGCAUUGAUCAGGAUCGCGCUGCUUUCCUGUUAUCGGCAAUGGCAAUUGCUGAAGUGUUUGGAAGAAUCGCAGCUGGCUUGGUCUUCAACAGACAGCCCAUUCGUAAGAUCUACAUCGAGCUCAUCUGUGUCAUCUUAUUGACUGUGUCUCUGUUUGCCUUUACUUUUGCGACUGAAUUCUGGGGUCUUAUGUUGUGUAGCAUAUUUUUUGGUUUUAUGGUUGGAACAGUAGGAGGUACCCACAUUCCACUGCUGGCUGAAGAGGAUGUGGUGGGAAUCGAGAGGAUGUCUUCUGCAGCUGGAGUCUAUGUCUUCAUUCAGAGCACAGCAGGACUGGCUGGACCACCCCUUGCAGGUCUGCUGGUGGACCAAAGCAAAAUAUACAGCAGAGCCUUCUACUCCUGCGCGGCGGGGAUGACCAUGGCAGCUGUGUGCCUUGCACUUGUGAGACCCUGUAAAAAGGGACUGUGCCAGUGGCAUCAUUCAGAUGAAACAAAGACAGAAGGUUGUCCCAGGCAAGCUUUACAAGACAUCCCCGAAGACUUUCUUGAAAUGGAUCUUGGGAAAAAUGAGCAUAGAGUUCAUAUGAAAACAGAGCCAGUAUGACUUGCUUUCCUGUAACAUCAGCCAUUAUGUUGGUUGGUGAGGGGUGGGGAGUGGAGGGUGGUGUGGGAGGGAGCUAGGGAGGGAGAGGAGCUAACCACUCUACUCCACUUUCAAAGUCCAUUUUGAAGGGAAUGUAUAUGUGAACACCACCACCAACAUCCCUUUGUUUCUUUUUAAGUUUUCCUUUUUGCUUGUUUUUUAAAGCCAAAACAUAAACAACCAAACACUCUUCCGUAUAUAAAUGUGGCUAUAUUCAGUAGCAAUACAAAGAUACACAGAAGGACUCUUCCAUUCACAUUCCGGUUUUAAAAUAGUGACAUGAAUUGGCAAAGUGGUUUUAAGAACUCUCACAUGUGAUGAACUACUGUCUUGUAAAAUGACACAUAGCCCAGGUCACUGAAAUGAAAUUGGCCGUACCAAAAAAAUCGUUAAGAUCAUUUUUUAAAUUGCUAAUUUUCAAAAUUAAAUACCCCUUGGAAAACACUGAGGUUUCCAUUUGAAAAUUAUGGCCUCUUAAUUUUCCAAAUACUUCGUGGAGAUUGAAAUACAGUUUUAAGACCAAACAUUUGGCUAAUGAGCAGAACUUUUUAAAAUAUAUAGAAACUUGAACUUCAUAAAUGUGAAGAUUACCACUUCUUUUUAUGGCUAGUCAUUACCACAAGUAUUUCAAUACAGAAUAGACAGAAUGACGUUCAAAAUUGUGUUUCCUGUUGCUUUUAAUUAUUCAGAAAUAUGUGAUUAUAGUAUCUUUAAUUUAAACCACUAUUUAUUAUUAAGUUAUUCUAGGAUGAGUAAUCAAAAGAAGUAAAAUCUGAGACAUAGUCAGCAUUUUUACCUCCUUUCUGCAAUCCUUUAAAUGCCUCAAAGAAUACUUCUUGUCUUAUAAAGUUACUCUCAUAAAAAGGCCAAGGUAUAAUGAUUCUUCUAUUUGAUUAAAGGCAAUGUGUGCUAUUUAAAGGGGGAAUAUAAUGAAUAGCAAGUCGCCUGAGCUUUUUAAAGUAAUUUUAUUUCAUCACCUAAGAACACUUGAGGAUCUUCUUUGAUCAGAAUAUUUCAUUGAAUUGUUGAAGCAUUUCUGAUUUUUUUAAAAAGCAUCAAACUGUUAAAGCAUUUCUGUAUUUCACAUGGGGUAGCAGAGACAUUUAUUUUGCCAUCACAAGCUAGAAGUUAUGAUUUACAUCUUACAGAAAACGUGACGUGAUUGUACCAAGCUGCCACAGGUUAUCGGUCAUUGUUUUUUUUGGAGUUACACUACAUGUAUAGUCUUUCUCAUUAUAACAUUUUUCUGUAAAGAGGGCAAGUUGAAGGAUAACAGGUGGGCUACCUGCUUAUUUGUCCUGACUCUCACCUUACAGGUGUGGUUAGUGUUCAUUGCUUCAUCUUUAUUCAUCUUCACUGUUACUUUGUGACAACUCAGGGGGAAAAAUCUAACAGCCUAGUUUGGUUACAGGUACACACAAGCUUGAAUAUUUUUCUGCACUGAAAUGAAAGUGGCAUAGCUCACCGUCACCUCCUACAUUUUGUACAACAUUUUAUCAGCCAUAGAGAUAGGACAAUCUGUAAAACUUUGGUGGGUGGGAGGGAGAUGACAAAGUGUCGAAAACACAGGCACACCUAAAGCAAGGUGGAUGUAGCAAUUCUUCUGUCACUACUCGAGAAGGACUUUGAGCUUGUGGCAGUUUUGCAGACUUACAUGACUUCAGCACUUUACGUGUUUUUUACUAUGAAUGUUCAAAUACAAUUUAAUAUUUAUAACUGAUUUCUGAGGGAUCUGCUCUGUGUCCAUUCUAUUAACUGCAUGAAAAAAAAAA